ACUCGACAAAGAAGAAGAAGAAGAAGAAGAAGAACUCGUAGUAGUCCCGGUCCCGGUCCUGGUUGUGGUUGUGGUUGUGGUUCUGGUUCUGGUCCUGGUUCUGGUUGUGUGGUCCAGUCAGAAACAGUCUCUCCGUGUUAAACAGUGUGGUUGUGUCGGUGCUGGUUCAGAUGGAGAUGGAGUCCUCCUCCGUGGUGGAGAUAGACGGCAGCGUGAUGGAGGGAGGCGGGCAGAUCCUCAGACUGUCCGCAGCGCUGAGCUGCAUCAGCGGCUCCUCCAUCAGAAUCACCAAGAUCAGAGCCGGAAGAACCUCACCUGGACUCAGACCUCAGCACCUGAGUGGCCUCCAGCUGGUCUCAGAUCUGUGUUCAGGUGAUCUACAGGGAGCCUCCAUCGGCUCCACUGACAUCACUCUGACUCCAGGAAAGAUCCAGUCAGGAAACUACACAGCUGAUCCUCAGACAGCAGGGAGUGUGUGUCUGUUACUCCAGGUGUCUCUACCUUGUUCUCUGUUCGCUGCUUCGUCCUCUGAGCUCCGUCUGAAGGGAGGAACCAACGCAGAGAUGGCUCCUCAGAUAGACUACACCAUCAAGGUGUUUAAACCGAUCGUGGAGAAGUUUGGAGUCCAUUUUGACUGUGAUGUCAUCAUGAGGGGGUACUACCCUCGAGGCGGCGGUGAGGUGGCGGUGACGGUGAACCCGGUCAAAGAGCUGCAGCCGGUCGUCAUGACGGAGAGAGGAACCAUCACUAAGAUCUACGGCCGCGCCUUCGUUGCCGGAGUCCUGCCCUACAAACUGGCUAAAGACAUGUCGUCUGCUGCUGUUCGGACCAUCAGGAAGGAAAUCAAAGAUCUGUACAUCAACAUCGCGGCGCUGCAGGAGAAAGAGAUGGCCUUCGGGAACGGCAGCGGCAUCAUCAUCAUCGCGGAGUCGUCCACAGGUUGUGUGUUCGCAGGUUCGGCUCUGGGGAAGAAAGGUGUGUAUGUAGAUAAAAUUGGUAUUGAAGCUGCUGAGAUGUUGCUGAGAAACAUCCGACACAACGGCUGCGUGGACGAGUUCCUGCAGGACCAGCUCAUCAUCUUCAUGGCGUUGGCGAAGGGAACGUCCCGGAUUCGAACCGGCGCCGUGACGCUGCACACGCAGACGGCCAUUCACAUCGCGGAGCAGCUGACUCAGGCAAAGUUCACAAUAACGAAGUCUGAGGACGAGCUGAGCAGCAACAACACCUUCAUCAUCGAGUGUGUAGGAUCAGGAGCCGCUAACACACACCUGUAAACACACACACACACACACACACACUCUCCAGCUGCCCCCCCAUCAUGGCCGACCCUCUCAGCUUCUGUCUCAGGAUGUUUCAUUAAAACUGUAAUAAAUCAAUAAAACUGG